AUGGGAAGAGAAAACAUAUUACACUACUUACAAGAACAUAAUGAAACUGACAAAGAACUAGAAUUGGCUUCCAAAAAUGGUUCUCAACAAGAAGAGGAAGGUGAUGGAGUCCCUCAAUUCAAACGCAAAGUUGCUGCCCAUUCCAAUUUCCCCUUUACUUUAUCUUCAGAAUCAACUAUUACUGACUAUUUAAACAAUAACAAAUUCUAUGUUGAUUCAAUAAAACAUAACCAUGGUGAUCAAAUAUUUCAGUUGAAUGGCCAAGGUCAAUCUCCCCAUACUUUAUGGAUUGGAUGUAGUGAUUCAAGAGCAGGAGAACAAUGUUUAGCCACAUUACCAGGGGAAAUCUUUGUUCAUCGAAACAUUGCCAACAUUGUCAAUUCAAAUGAUUUCAGUUCACAAGGAGUUAUACAAUUUGCCAUUGAUGUAUUAAAAGUUAAGAAAAUCAUUGUAUGUGGUCAUACAGAUUGUGGAGGCAUUUGGGCAUCAUUGUCAUCUAAAAAAAUUGGUGGUGUAUUGGACUUGUGGUUAAACCCUGUACGUCAUAUCAGGGCACAAAAUUUAAAAUUACUCGAACAAUUUAAUCACGAACCUAAAUUGAAAGCUAGGAAAUUGGCUGAAUUGAAUGUCAUUGCUUCGGUUAUUGCAUUAAAGAGACAUCCUAGUGCUAGUGCUGCUUUAAAACAGGGGAAAAUUGAAGUUUGGGGUAUGAUUUAUGAUGUUUCUUCGGGAUACUUAUCGGAAUUGGAAAUUCCUCAGGAUGAAUUUCAUGAUUUGUUUCAUGUUCUGGAUGAAGAAGACGAAUCAGCUCAUAAUCCUCAUUAG